AUGCUGUACCUUAGAAGAAAGCAAGCGCCUAUUACAGUGGCGUCGAGCUCGAAACAUCAAGCCAUCCAAACCAAGCACUCUGCCCAGAUCGCACCAGGUCUCUCCGUCAACUACUACAAUGCCAGACGGAAGAUCAAGGACCUCGAACUCAACCCGAACAGGCACGGCCUCCUGAUUUCUUCACAACGGAUGUUCCGUCUCGUCAUCACCCGCAGCGCGAUCGACUUGCGACGAGGUAGUAUGCAUGGUUUCCGUAAGGAUCUCGACGAGCCUUUGGAUGUCCCGUACAGCCGAGGUUAUCAUUUGAUCUCGGGCGGCGACGGGCGGCUCGAGCUGCUCCUGGCGUCGGACUGA